AUGGCCGACAUCAUGAACCCCCAGCAGGAGCAGCAGCCGCACUACGCCGCGAGCGAAGCAUCAACCGAGCGCGACGAAGCGCAGGUCAAAGCCGACAACGAGCUCGCCGAGCGCCUAUCCCGCAUCAUCGAAGAUGCCAACAAGCGCGUUAUCCCCAUCAUCAAGAUGCUUCGGCAGAACAUCGAGAACUUUGAGGCGCAGAAGGAGGAUGACAGGAACGAGGACGAGCUUAUCAAAGCCGUUAAGCCGCUCAUCGAACAGGCUGAGAAGGUGCUCUACGAGACCAACGGCGCCAUCAAGGGCGCGGACCCAGACAACCGCCUCACGAACCGCGCGCAGCGGCACGUCGACGACCACAAAGCAUCUCCCGAGGAGCAGCGCCUGGCCGAAGCUCUGAAGGUGAUGAUCACCGAAGUCGGCGGCACGAUCGACUGGGCGAAGAACAAGAUCAACGGGUUCCCGAAGGCGAAGCGCGAGCUUGGGCCGUUGCUUGAUGCGCUGGGCCAGCCGCUCACCCAGAUCAUCGGCGGCGUCGGUCUGCUCCUCGCUGGCGUGCUCAACCUCGUGUCGCGCUUGUUGUCCGGUCUUGGGCUCGAUUCGCUGCUGAAGGGCUUGUUCUCGGCUACUGGGCUCAGCGCCAUUGCGAAGGGUCUGCAGCUUGAUAAGAUGCUUGGAGUGAAGUUCUGA